CUGAGAAGCAUCUAAAUGCCGCCACUGACAAUGCUUUAGACGUGGCGAUAUUCUCCAAACGUUAAGUUUGAUUUCCAUCUAUUCGCUAUGAAGAAAAAGACUACCAGAUCGUGACGCUAUGCUGUGACAGGUUAGAUAGUCAUCAUAUCAGAUCCAGAUAGUCAUUAAAUAAUUAUAAAACUUUUGUGGAAUUAUUUUAGUAAUUUUUCAAGAAGAAUCUGUGCUCCAAAAUGGUGUCUGAAAUGUCAAAAAAAUAUUUUAAAUCUUAAGCUUGUAUAUAAUCUUAUCAACACUGGACAUGAUUUGGGCUUUGUAACAUAGAAACAAUCUUAUCAUACCUAUCAUCUUUGAUCUUUCCCUAUCAUCAUCACAUACAAUUACAGGCAUUGUCAAUUACAAUUCACUUGUGGCUUGAGUUAGUUCGCAACCGUAGCGAUGAAGUGGUGGACGUGUGUGGUGUUCGCGUGCGCGGCCGUGCUGGCUGACGACGAGUGCCGCGAGGUGAGGACUGCGCAAGGGCCGGUGCGCGGGCGCAAGCACCCCACUGCAGACAUGUACGCCUUCUACAACAUACCCUACGCCACCGCGCCCACGGGCGAGGACAAGUUCAAGGCACCACUGCCUCCACCGGUGUGGCUGCAGCCUUUUGACGCAGUCGACGAGCAUGUUAUAUGUCCACAGCCAAUAUCUACGAACGAGUACAUGCCUAAACAAUUAGUAAUCAAAGAAAAUUGUCUCAUUGCUAAUGUAUUUGUGCCUAACACAAAAGAAAAGAACCUUUCAGUGGUAGUUUAUGUCCAUGGCGGAGCUUUUAUAGUAGGCUAUGGUGAGAUUUUUAAAUCGACCCAGUUCAUGAAGACAAACGAUUUUAUCUGGGUCUCUUUUAACUACCGACUCGGCAUUCACGGCUUCCUAUGUCUGGGCACUGAGGACGCACCAGGCAAUGCUGGCAUGAAGGACCAGGUGGCGCUGCUGCGCUGGGUGCAGAAGAACAUCGCCAGCUUCGGCGGUAACCCUGAUGAUGUUACUAUUGUUGGUAGCAGUGCUGGGUCUGCUUCAGUAGAUCUGUUAAUGCUUUCAAAAUCAGCCGAAGGGUUAUUUCACCGAGUUAUACCCGAAAGUGGUGGAAAUGUUGCCGCAUUUGCAGUACAGCGGGAUCCCGUAGAGAUUGCUAAAACGCAUGCUAAAAAGAUAAACUUCAAUAACGUAGAUGACAUUUAUGCAUUAGAAAAGUUCUACAACAGCUCCAAUGGAACUGUUAACCUCGGAUAAUUUCUUUGAUAGAACUGAUGCCACAUUCGUAUUUGGGCCGUGUGUGGAACGCGAUACAGGAGAUGGAGCAUUUCUGACAGAAUCUCCUCUAACUAUAUUCAAGAGUGGCAACUAUAGGAAAUUGCCUGUGUUGUAUGGAUUCGCA